AUGAGCGAGCCAGAGUCCGACAUUCAGCUCGACGCGAUAUUGAAGAAAUCUCAGGAAAAAUCAUGGAAAUCUCUGUUACCUGACGAACUAAACACAGUGAUCGGCUCUUUCCUUCCCUCUCACCCUCUGACUCUCCGUUCCAAGGCCUACAUCGUGCUCUCAGCAGUAUGCCAACGGAUACGAAAGGACUCCUCCUCUCCGUUCAGCAAAGAACACAUUGAUGCCUCCACGGAUUUGAUUCAUAGAGCCUUUGAACUCGCAAUAGUGACCCGUCUCGCUGACACUGAGGAGAACAAGGUAUUCGAAGGCCUGUCGUUCCUAGCGGCGCUGUUCGAGGUAGAUUGGCAGUCCGCGUCGUCAAUCUUCCAAGAUGAAGCGAUCCUUGAGUCCCUGACGGACUGUAUGGAUAUCUUCGCCUCUUCCCUUCAGAUGUCGCGCUCUGUCGCGCAUCUCUUAGCGCAGGCCAGUGGACACAAGGCAUGUCGCGCGCUCAUAUCCUCUCAGCAUUUGGCAUGGCUUUCUACUCAAUCCCGUCAGGCGAGCGAUAGCACUCUCCGCGCUGCUGCUGCUGUCGCUCUGGUGAAGCUCUCACGGGGGAUGGGGUCAGAUGCCGCGGAGGUUGGCUCCGCUGAAAAAGCCGCUAUGUUGAUCAGUGAUGAGGAACUCGUGAAACUAAUGAAGGGCUUGGUUGUGGAUGAGAGCAAUCCGUCUUCUGUUUCGGAUGCAGUCGAAGGGCUGGCCUACUCAAGCACCGAUCCUACCGUCAAGGAACUACUGUCGAACGACUCCUCCUUCCUUUCUCGCCUGUUUGCCUUCAUUCCUCGCCGCAAAGGCUCUUCCACUGUGGCUGAAGAUAUGGGGAUGUCGCCUGUUUUCGGUGCAGUGGUCAUUAUCUCAAAUCUCUGUGCAUAUCGACCUCGAUUGACAGAAGAAGAGGCGCAAAUGGCUAAGCUACGACGCAUGGCAAAGGCAUCGCCGGGCUCUUCCAGUACCCACCAGGAAGCCGAGAAUAAUCCCCUGGACGAUGACGACCAUGUCAGAAAGCGCGGCAGAAAAUUAAUGCAGUGCGGCGUGAUGGACGCGUUGACGGCAGCCAUUCGAGCCACGGACAGCCGUGCCGUCAGGCUCGCUGUGGGGAAAGCUGUCCUCAGUCUUGUAGAAGACAAGGAUAAUCGCGGAAAAGUCCUGCAGACUGGUGGCGCCAAGGCGCUCAUGACUAUCAUCCAUAGCAUCUUGCCGGCAGCAGGCCCAUCAUCGCAGUCAAAGAAGCUCCCACCGAUGGAGGCUUCGGACAUCGAGCCCAUACAAGCUCUAGCGAAACUCGCGAUUACUGCAUCCCCAGUUCAAGUCUUCGGGCCGAACGAAGGAGCUCUCUACGAUGCCAUCCGUCCGCUAUCUCUCAUGCUCCUGCACCCCACCUCCAACCUUUUGCAACGAUUUGAAGCACUGAUGGCUCUGACCAAUCUGUCAUCUCAGAGCGCCGAAGUCUCCAGUCGGAUCGCGCGAACGGACGGGCUCCUGAACGGCGUCGAGCUCUUAAUGCUAGAGGAACAUGUCCUCGUCAGACGUGCGGCGACGGAGCUGAUAUGCAAUCUCGUCGCUGGGUGCGAGGAGGUGUUCAAUAGGUACGGAGCGAAGUCGUCGAAGUCAAAAUUGCAGGUGCUUUUAGCCCUGUGUGACGUCGACGACACACCGACACGGCUCGCCGCCUCGGGCGCGCUCGCAACGGUCACAUCGUCUCCGGAUGCCUGUCAGGCACUGCUCGACCUGCAAAACGAACGCCAUCGCGUAUUGCCGAUUCUGGGCCAGCUGGUUGAUCCCACCAUUGUCAGUACGGAUGACAAUGAAUCUGAGGAUGCAGACAUUGAAGCCAAGGCCGAUCCCGGUCUCGUACAUCGCGGAGCAGUGUGCGUCCGCAACUUUUUUCUUGCCAUCGAGGAUUCUGCCGCACACAAACAGCUCGCAACCGAAGCGGAGCGUGUAGGAUUGGUGCGAGCACUGGUCGGAGUGGUUAAGACGUACUCAGCCAGCGGGAACAAUGCGUUGUUGAGACCGACUGCGGAGGCAUUGAGGUGGUUGAUAGAAGGUGGAAUGCAGAUAGCUGCUUGA